AUGACCCUGUAUCUCUGCUGCGCUGCUGCAGCAUCAGAAGGAAACGCACAAAUCUGCAGCUGACUAAAUCAAGAGAUCAAAACGAUCCGGAUUAUAAAAGCACAAUCUGUCGUGAAAAUCCAGAGAGCAUCGCUGUUCUAGUUUCUCGUUUAGUCGUUCAUCAAUGCAUGUGUGAUUUACACAUUAAUCAGCAGGGGUUUUUUUCUCACACAAGGGAAGAUGGUGCGUUGUUUGUGCCAUGCCGCUGACGGACACUCUACACGCAUUCAUGGGCAUUAAUUCGCCUUUUUUUUCAUCAUAUCCCAGGGCACAUUAUUGUUCCCCAGCGACAGUUUUGUCCUGACAGAAACGUCUGGGCCAACGACUCAGAGAUGCUGUUAUCGCAUCGCCUCGGAGAAGCCUAACAGACCAUGAUGAAGACCGAAUCCUCAUCCUCCUCCAAGCCAGCGAGCACCACCGCGCUCCGCAGCCCCUCUCCUCAUCGCAACGCGUACGAGGCGGCGGGGAUUCAGGCGCUGAAGCCGGCGAACGAUGUCUUAAAUAACGGCGACGCUCAGGAUGGCAAGCCGAAGCCCACCAGCCGCGGUCGCGCGUACGGCUCGAACGUGCAUCGCAUCAAAAACAUGUUCAUGCAGAUGGGCGCAUCCUCACCCACCGAGGCUGAAGACGCGCAAAAGGCAAACGGCGACGGCAAAGCGGUGCGUCUCACACUCCCGCGGGCUGGCAGCCUGAACGAGAACGUGGAUCACAGCGCGCUGCUCAAACUGGGAUCUAGCGUCUCCGAGCGCGUCAACCGCUUCGACAGCAAAACGGACGCGUCGCCCAGGUACUCGAAGCUGCAGGAGACGAGGAAGAUCUUUGAGCAGCAGCAGCUGCAGGAGAAGCAGGCGGCUUCUAAUCGCGUGCUACUGAAGAAAGAGCGCGCCGCGGGCUUUCAGGAUGCGUCACGUUUGGAUGUUGUCGCGCGUUUUAACGGCAGCACGGAGUCGUUGGAUAGCCUGGACGCGAUCGGUGGGGCCGGCGAGGCCGUGUCGCCCACCGUCAGCCAGCUCAGUGCUGUUUUCGAGCGGGCCGCCGAGCUGCGGAACAACCUGCACCGGCUAUCCAACACGCCCCCGCUGCCUCUGCGCGGGGUCACCGGCCGGGUCGGUGCGCUCAACUCAAAAAUCAUCACCAAACGGGUACGCGCUUUACCUUCAGGGGCAAACCAGCACCAGGAUGAACAAGAUGGGAGGUGUAGCAGCCUCAAUGGAGCGUCUGAGCUCCAGGACAUUAUCACUGCUGUGGAUACAGAGUCUUUGGAUGAGAAAAAGACAGGGGAGAAGGAUGAAUCUAGUGCCAAUGAAUCUAAGACUCUAGAUAAGUGUAAACCAGGACAGGCCAAUGCCACCGAGGCAAAAGGUACUCUUAUUUCUGAUGAUGUCCGUCAUUUGGAAAAUGGGGGAGUUACUUCCAACAGAGAGGCCCUGGAGAGAGACACUGUGGAGUCUGGCAUCACCAGCAGUGGAAGGAAGGGCGAGGAUGGACAUGCUCGUCCAUCAGUGGGGGUCAGUAAGAAGGAGGAUGAUGAUGGUACUCUGCAGGAGAAUUACUCUAAGGCUGACUUGGUGGAUAUCAGUGCCUACAGUGCAGUAGGAGAAGACUCUGGUGGUAGUCAGCUUGAGGAUGAGGAGGAUGAAGAUGAUGUAUAUGAGCCACAGUCAAGCUGCUCUGAGAUUGUUGGAUUACCUGUGGAGGAGGAUCCGCCCCCAAGCCGGAAAAUUAAAUUCAGUACUGCACCCAUUAAGGUGUUCACAACCUAUUCUAAUGAGGACUAUGACAGGAGGAAUGAUGAUGUGGACCCAAUGGCUGCUUCUGCUGAGUAUGAGCUGGAGAAACGUGUGGAAAGGCUGGACCUGUUCCCCGUUGAACUGGAGAAAGACAAUGAGGGUUUGGGUAUCAGUAUUAUUGGGAUGGGUGCUGGAGCUGACAUGGGUCUGGAAAAGCUUGGCAUUUUCGUCAAGACGGUCACAGAGGGAGGGGCGGCCCAUCGGGAUGGCAGGAUCCAGGUGAAUGAUUUGAUAGUGGAGGUGGAUGGAACAAGCCUGGUUGGUGUAACUCAAAUUUUUGCUGCCUCUGUUCUGAGAAACACAUCUGGCACAGUUCGGUUUAUUAUUGGUCGAGAGAAGCCGGGAGAGCAAAGUGAAGUGGCCCAGCUCAUCCAGCAGACACUUGAACAGGAGCGCUGGCAACGCGAGAUGAUGGAACAACGAUAUGGCAACUACACAGGGGAUGAAGAAGAGCCUGGUGAUUACGGCACUGAUGAAGAUGAAGACGAGAUGAGCCCUACGUACCCUAGUGCCAUAGAGGUGUUUGACUUGGCCGAGAAUGAGGACAUGCUGUCACCAGUAGAAGUGGACCCUGAGAAGCUUGCCCACAAAUACAAAGAAUUGCAGAUCAAACAUGCUGUGACUCAGGCUGAAAUCCAACAGCUCAAGAGGAAGCUAAAUCAUGCAGAGCAGGAGAAGCAGCGCUGGCGUGCUGAAAAGGCCCAGAUGGAGCGUAACAUGCAGGAGAACCGGGAGCGCAUGGAGAAGCUGGAGGGAUAUUGGAUGGAGGCGCAGAGUCUUUGCCAGGCUGUGGAUGAGCACCUGAAAGAAACGCAGGCUCAGUACCAGGCUUUAGAACGCAAAUACAGCAAGGCCAAACGCCUUAUAAAAGAAUAUCAGCAAAAGGAGAUCGAGUUACUGAAGAAGAAAACAGCUCAGCAGAAAACUCUUGAGGAGACUGAAGCGUCACAUAAGGAGGAAACAGAACAACUUCAAGACGAGGUAAUAGGUCUGGAGCCACAGGUCGAGGAGUUGAAGUCACUGGAUCCAGCGUAAAAGUAAACUGUGUAAAUGUAUUGGAACCGGGGAAACAGAGAAUCUGUGCUUUUGUCUGUUUUGUUAUUGUCAGUAAGCCCAAGAGUUUCAUUCCUCCAUAUCUUGAUUUCAAGCUUUUUAUGCUUUUAGAGAUUUUUCUUAUUUUUCUUAAUCUCAUUCUUAGUAUUGUGAAUAAUUGUUUUACCCUGCAGUGUUUACUCUUUAAAACCCUUUGUAUUCUCCUCAUAUUUAAAUCUAGGUAAUGAUUCGGCUGUCAUUGAUAGUUUUGCCAAAAUUUUUCCUGUAGUAUUCUAAUCUACACAACAAAAUCUUGUUUUAGGCUACGUUAACAACAUAGAUUUGGCAGAAUGAUCAAAAUACUACAGUGGAACAUUUUUCUGGGUUUCAGUCCUGAAACGAAUGAAACAGAGACACUUAUCCUACCAGAAGUGUUUAAAAACAACAUCUUGUAUUUGAAGACGUGUUUUUGAAACUCUAAUGGACUGCCACUUGCUGCUGUUACUCUUUUAUUUCAUGUUUGUCCUGAUGUCCUUCCUAGGACAUUCCUUAGGAGACACUGUUCUAUAUGUGAUAAAACAAUAAUAUGAUUGAUCGAGAUUCUUUAAAAGUACUUAUUAAUUUAAAAUGGGAAGCACAUCAUUCAUGGUGGAAUGGAGAGAACCUGAGGAAAGUGGGAAAAUUAAUAUAAAUGAUAAAAACUGUCUUUUAAAGAACCUAUGAAGGAUGAAGUAUUUCAGCUCAUAUUUUGUUGCCAUAAAAAACAACAAUAUACUUAGCUUAGCCUUACUGUAUAGCCAGAUUUGUAAAGGGUUUACAUAAACACCUCUCUCCUACCUAAAACAGUCCACACUUUACCUCUUGUGCAAGGUUUUGGUGACUUGAACCUUGAAAACCAACUGCUGCCUUUUUCUCAGUAUUACUCCUGUUCAUAGUCACUCUUCAGUGUUCAUUUAGACCUUCCUUUAAACCUUCGUUAUGGAGGCAAAAAAGAUGGUAAUGAUUAUGUAUGAUUAUGGGACUGGCCUCCACAUGUGUAUAGUUUUGUGUGUGUGUGUGUGUUUUUUUUUUUAAUGAGUGUGGUUUACAUUUAAAUGCAGUUAAAAGAUUGAUCUGUACGGGCCACAAUUAAUGAAAUCUGGAUACAUUUAUAAAAGAGGAAUUAAUCUGCGUCAUGAAUUGUUCAGUAUGAUUUAACUUAAUACAGCACACAUUUCUUAGACUAGAUGUUGAAGGAGGAUGUCUUAGUUACAAUGGCAGUGAAAUUCACAUCUUUUAGGAAGCAAGACUAUUUGUUAACAUAAUCAUGUGAAAUGUAUGACGGAACCAAGAACUAUAAAUAAUUGUGAUUGUAGUAUUUAGUACGUCAUCAUUAGUCUUUACACAGGACUACGUUAAAUCGAUGAGGCAUGUAAACAAUGUUAUUUCAGUGCAAGGCUUGUAUGGAAAACACACUCAUGUGGUUUGUUAAUGUGCUUUUAUGAAAUAAACAGUCAGCUGUGGAUUUGUAACCGAAGUGGCUUUGUUUUCUUCAAGUGGUACAACAUGCUCUUUGUUAUGCUCAAAAUAACUUAUAUGGACAUAUAUUGGUAGUCCAAAACUUUUUAUUUAAAUGUCAAGAAAGCAGCUACAAUAACCACAGAAUGUGUAUUUGAGACUGCUUUGCAGUUCAAAGAUGACCAAAACUGGGGACAUUUACACAUUACCUAACACUACAGUGAGUGAACUGAUACAUACGUAGCUUACAAUAACCUACAAUAAGAAGUAUGGCAUAGCUUUAAACUCUGAAGUGACUAAUUAAAUGAUUCUUUCUGCUGACAAAGAUGUCAGAUCAUUCCAAGUUAUCAAGGAUAUAAUUAUUUAUCUAUCUCAAAUAAAGUAAAUGAAAUAUCUAUAAAACGUAGCCCUCAAAGAUCAGACACCAGAGGAUUUUCCCUCUUUUUCAACCUAAGCAUUUUAAGUAGCGUUCUUCUUUGCUAAGUUUUACAGUAAAAUCUUGAGAGUAUUAAAUGUAGCAAAAAAAAAACAAAAAAAAACAUUCAAAA